CAAACAGUGCAGUUGCAAAUACCGUCUCAAGAGCAAUCUUCAUCAAAAUGCGUUUCUUCUCCAAUGUUAUGUGGACCUCGUUGCUGGUAACUGCUUUAGUUUUCUCAUCAUCCGACGCGCAUAAAAAAGGAAGAGGAGGCGGUGGUAAUGCUGGAGGCUAUGGUGCUCAUGGUGGCCAACAAAGUCUAGGCUACGGCGGUGGUCAUACAUUACCGUUGAGCUCCGGGCACGGUGGCCAUUCAUCACAUGGAGGAUACAGUGGCCACAUCUCCCCGAUGAUAGGACACCCCAGCAGUCACGCAGCACCCGUGAGCGGUGGGUAUGGAGGUCAUAUUGGGCCAAUCAGUGGAGGAUACGGUGGUCACGGAUCACCCAUGGGUGGAGGACAUGUCAGUAGUCACGCUGCCCCCGUUAGUGCUGGGUAUGGCGGACAUGGUGCACCAGUCGGUGGAGGAUACGGAGGUCAUCCUUCUCCUGCGAGCGCGGGGUACGGCGGUAAUCAAGCGGUUCGUCGACCUAAGAGUAAAAGCUACAGCAAUAAUCACGCUGCACCUGCGAGGGGAGGAUAUGGUGGUCAUGCUGCGUCAAUGAACGGAGGAUACGGCGGUCAUGCAUUGCCAACCAGUGGAGGAUAUGGAGAUCAUGGGGCUCCGAUGAAUGGAGGAUAUGGAGGUCACGCAGCAUCGGCAGGCAAAGGUUACGGUGGUCACGGAUCGCAAAUGGGUGGAGGAUAUGGAAGUCACGCUGCUGGAAAAGGCUACGGUCGUUAAGAAAGUUAGGAUAGAGAUUCAAUGGCAUUUUCAUCGAUCGUCAUAUCUGCAUUCGGCCCACUUCAAUCGAAUUACCUUUUGACAAUAGACGCAACCUAAAAUAAAAAAAUUCGCUGCCUAAUC